AUGGCGAGCAACCCGGGGAUCCAGGAUGUUACAUUCGACACAUCGAUAUGUUGGAAACUCGGCCGCGACAAGUUUGAGGAGAAUAUACGGAAAAGUGAAAAGAUCCCGGAAGACCAACAAAAGGACCAGACCAGAGGUCUUGCAGCCGAGAAGUAUGGAGGCGAAGAAAGGCAAAACAAAAUUGGGAACAUUCUUGAAACCCUGAAUACUUUCAAGGAAGCUGUGGAUGGUAUCCUCUCUCGUGCGCCAGAGUCAGUAUCAGCAGUUUGGUUAGGACUCGGGAUGAUCAUAAAAAUCGUAUAUGAUGAUUUAAUAACUUGUAAAAUAAUCGUUGACGCAUUUGACAGCAUCGUCACAAUUACAUUAUUUACACUUUUGGUAGAGAAACGGUAUCUGCAUGAUGUGUCUCAGGGCACUGGAGACAAAUCGAUGAAACAAAUGGCUUUUAAGAAGCUACAAGAGCUUGCUUGCGCAAUUUUCGACUUCAGCUGGCAUACGCAGUACCAUCUCUCUCCUCAAUGGGACAAAGGCUACUCCCAAGCCCAAGGCUUCAGCGAAAAGGUCAAGUCUAGUGCGGUGAAAACUGGUCAAAAGAUCAAAUCAGCAGCCAAGACUGUCGGAGCAAAAUUCAGAGAGGCAAUUAUUGGGGAUAUAAAAUCAAAACAUGAAGAGAUCCAAGGCCUUUACGAAGAGAUCCAAACUUUAGUCUCUAGCUUAUUCCAAGAGGCUACCAUUAUUCAUAACGAAGAUAGUAUUAAAGAAGGCAACGAGAUGCUACGAAAUGCAAUUGAGACCAGCACAGAACGAUUAGAAGAAAAAAUCAAAGAAGGCAACGAAAUGGUUGUGGAAACAGUUGAAGCCACAAUGCAGCAUUCUACCAAAGUAAUCAUUGAGGGCGUAACAGCGGCCCUAGAAACGCCUGACGAUAUUCUCACUCGAUACAUAGAAGUCUUCCAACCUUCCUCCGCUCUCGAGAACUUUCUCCUCGGUUUAAAUAAUAAGAAAAUGCAGGGCCUCCAUAAAGCUGAGGAUGUCUUUUGUAUCAAUGGAAGAAAGGGACAUGGCAAAACUAUGACCAUGUUAUCCGCCUACGAAAGUCUUCUCAGGUGCCACACCGGCGACGAAAAGGUAUUAGUCGUACGGUUCUUUUUCAAACUCGGCGAUAACGAGCUACAAUCGGGUGUUAGGGCGUUUGAAAGUCUUAUUCUUCAGGUGAUCAAGAUUAUCAAAGAACGAGGGAGUUCCCGCGUCCCUGCGCUGCUGAACAAGAUUCUGGACGGUAAAAACGAAUUUGAUAUUCGGGACUAUAAGACAGGUUCUGGUAAGAGAAAGUGUGCUAUGAUCCGAUACUAUAUCACGGCGAUAUCGAAAAUUUUCAAGGUUCAGAUAUAUUUUCUUCUUGAUGCUCUCGACGAAUGUCACGACAGAGGCGAAAUCAGACUACUAAAAAACCUCGAGAAUCUUGUGCUCGCGCCAACGCCGACAAUCAAAGUUCUUGUAUCGGUUAGGGAAGAAAUCGGUAUUAAGAAUGAACUUGAAAGAUCUGGGGUUGAAAGGUUUUGUAUCCUCAACCUAAUGCCACAGGACAGUUCCAACGAGAUGGAACUCUUCCUCAGGAAAAAGCUUGAAGAAAUUAUAUUGACCAGGAUAAAGGACCGAAGUAACGAAGAUGCCACUAGAGCCGAAGCAACAAAAUAUAUGCCCAAACUUCAAAAGAAGGUCGAAGGAGACUUUGCAUAUGCCAAUAUGGUCGUUGCCAGUUUACAAGAGCCAUCUAGGAUGAGCUUAGAAGCAAGGAUCAAAAACCUACCCUCGAGCGUAGACGAAAUAUAUCGGAGAUCAUUAGAAGGAAUGAAACCAAGUCAACGACAUCUCAUCAUAUUCGCUCUACAGUGGAUUGCGUGGUCAUUUUCAGAUAUUACGGCUCUCGAAAUUGCGGAACAUUAUCGAGGAGUCCUACAAGGCUUUUGA